CGACACUUUCGUCUUUCUUCGAACUUCGAAACUCAGUUCCGUCUGAAACACCACCCGGAAGACUCCCUCACUUCUCUCUCCAUCUUCGUCUCUGUCUCUCUGUCUCUUUUUCUCUUUCUGAUUAAACUUUCUCUAACAAGCAAAUCAGAGUUGCCUUUGCAGGUCCGUACAAUCGAGAUCUUAGAAACUUCCCAAACGUUUCGCUCUUUACUGUGUAUCUUUCGGUAUUAUCAUCAUCGGUGUUAUCUUUAUGGUUUUCGAUUUCCGGGCCGCAGUCACGAACGAUCUACAACUGAGUCGAACACCGAGACAAUCAUCUGCUGGCUCUUGAAUACUUGGCCUCAUUAAUAGGGUUUGACGGGCUGUUUAAAUUUGGAGUUUAUUUAUUGGAUUAGGAUCCACAAUUCGGAACAAUUUGGAGGGUUUUGGUGAAUUUGUUGUUGGUUUAUAAUGGAACAAGAAUCACAAAAAAGGAAGGUUGAUGAGAUGGGCCUUGAGCCCUCGAACUCGCCCAUUCUUUGCACGAAUAACUGUGGAUUCUUUGGCAACACAAGUACUAAUAAUCUUUGCUCCAAAUGCUAUAAAGACUUUCUUUUGAAACAGAAGAACGAUAAUAUAGUUUUACAAAAGAAAGUGAGCGAUGAAACAAGCGUGGAGGAUAAGGCUCAAGUUAAAGGGGUUUUGGAAGUGAACCAGAGUCGAGUUGAGGAAGGGGCUUCAUCCGAGAACCCUGAGAAGCCACCUGCAAAUCGUUGCAGCUUCUGUAGGAAGCGGGUGGGGCUGACAGGGUUCAAGUGUCGGUGCGGAUUGACAUUUUGCUCGCUGCAUCGCUACUCUGACAAGCACAACUGCUUGUUCGAUUACAAGAUCGCUGGGCAGGAAGCUAUUGAGAAGGCGAAUCCUGUUGUGAAGGCCGACAAGAUUGAGAAGAUAUGAUGGUUAUGGUGGUUCCUUUGGAUUUUGUGUCUAGGGGGUUGUCAUUUGCUAUAGGAAGUAUGAUUUUCAGUUGCUUUGAUGUAUUAGGAAAUAAAUUUACUAUUGAAUGCUAUUCAUGUCUGAUAUGUACAGUUUGGUUGAUUGUGGUCUCCAAUAAUAGUGCUUUAGUUUAAAA